CAUUGUCCAACGUUGCCAUCAUGGACCUUCCGUAGAGUCCUUGACCGCUGAACACCGUUCCUUCGAAAUUUGCUGAUCUGAAAAGCCAUGGCUCCUAAGGGGAACCAGCAGGAAGAUCCGCUGAAGCAGCUGGCAGACAAGCUGCGGAGCAAGACGGGCAUUGAGGAGCGGGCAGCCAUUUUGCAAGACAAGAGAGUGGAUGUGUUUCGGGGCAAGGAGUUUGCUGCUUACCUGCGCAAGCAUGAGGAGCUCAUGCAGCCCUUUGUCUCCAAAGCGACAAAGGUGGACCAGCAGGUGCAGGAUGUGGCUGACAUGAUGCUGAGGAAGGGACUCUUCAUGAAGACGGAGCGCAUGUUCAAGAAGCCCAAGCCCGGCAAGAAGCGCCUCGUCAAGUGGCCCAAGAAGCUGCUGCCACUCGUACACGAGAGGAAUUUUGAGGAGGACCACCUGUACGCGUGGCUGUUCGACAAGCAGGUGUCGCCCUGGAGCUACCUCUUCAGUGCGCUCGCGCUCAUCACCAUCAUGCUCUGCUGCAUGUUCCCGCUCGCGCCGCACCCGGUGAAGCUGGCCGCAGUGUACGUGUCCAUGACCCUCAUCAUCUGCAUCCUGGCCACGCUGACUGUGCGCUCGCUGCUGGCGCUGUCCUCCUGGGUGCUCCUUGGCCGCUCCCUCUGGCUCUUCCCGCACCUCCUCUCGGACGACAAGGGAAUCGACGAGGCGUUCUGGCCCAUUCUGGAGCUGGAUGCCAAGCCGGAGGAGGGUAAGGGCAGCCACUGGAUCGUGAGAUUUGGCAUGGGGGCCGCCAUCAUGCUGGCUGUCUGGGCGCUGCACGCCUAUGCCCCAGACAAGGGUGCGGUCCGGGAUGGGGCCUGGCAUGCGCACGACGCGGUGCUGGAGAUGCUGAAUCUGCACGACCAGGGCAGGGGCAAGCUAGGGGGAGGGACGGGCAGCGACAGCGGCGCAGGCCUGUUCAACGAGUCGCAACCGGGCGCAGGAAUGGGGGCAGCAGGGCAAGAUGAAGCAGCCACAGGAGGUGGAGCGGACAAGGACGAGUUCUAAGAGCAUGCACAUGAUUUGCAUUUGAGGAGCCAUUGCAGUGGUUUCCAAGCGCACCGUUGUGGCACACACCAAACGGCUGCUGCAGCUGGAGAGCAACAAUGCUGCAGCUGGAUGACGGGGACAGCUAUGAGUCAUCCAAGAUUGGCUAAGAAUGGAUGCUUCGCCAGAGGCGACACUAGGAAGUGCCUAUAGCAUGUGCACCGUGGAAGAAACUGUCAUUUACCGUUGUUCGACUGUUGCAACCAGUGAACGCUCGUAGUGCAUUAGAGGGCUUGACAGAUCAGCAGCAUCACUACCACGCAUGGUGGUGGUUGUGUUACUGAUAUCGAUUAAAGUGCCGCAUUCUCCUGCAAGUGGUGCCAACUACCACAAAAUUUCUGUGCACUUGAGCAGUGCAUAAAUUCAAGAACGUUGCUGCUGUAAUGGGCGUGCUUAUUUGACAGGUCCCUGCGUAGCACCUGUAUAUACGAUUAUUACUGGAAGAGCUUGUAGGCAACAUGGCAAGUAGUGCAGAUGGUUCUUUGCAGGCGUGCAUGACAAGUCUGCAAUGUGACAGUGUUACAGUGGCAUGUGCGCAUAUGACAGAACCAAUUGGAGUGUGCCACGCCCAAUCCUACUGGGCAGGAUGCUACUCACAAUGAGACUUGCAUCAGUUUCUGAAUAUUUGCUGUAACACACAGAACAUGUCCCCCUCGGAGGAAAUUCCGUCAGCGGUGCAGCAUUAACACAUCAUGCCCAUUGUUUGCCCUUCUGCAAUGUUGAGUCACACAAAAUCAGCUGCACAAGGGCAUCCUAAAUGCCCAAACACCUCUGGCAAGCGCCACAUACGCAGAUUGGGUGGAACACAGUAUUUGCAACACUGCCAGGAUACACCACCGCGGAGCCCCCCUCAACCCCACUGCUCUCACCCAAAUACCAGUCAGCGGCGCUCUGCUGCAAAUGCUGGCACAAUUCCAUCAGGCCUCUGCCCUUCAGCAAGUCAAAGCUGAAGCCAGCAGCUGGGCAGCCCUCCACAAAAGAUUGCACGCUCAAGAACCUGACAUCCAAGGUGUCCAUAGCUGAAACGCACAGCCUCGACCAGACAAAGCCUGUGUCUGGAAUGAUCGCAUGCACCGAUUCGCAGCCAAAGCGAAGGUUCUGGCAAGAGAGGAAGGCCCCACGCAGCAGGAUAGCAUUUCUAUCUGUCCCGAACCGAGAGGCGCAGAUGUCCAGCACAUCGAGCCUCAAAGGCUCGAAC